UUUUCAGAUAGCUUUAUUCGUGACAAGCGUAAUAUCAUCAACUCAAAAAAUGCAAUCUCCCCUUGUGACUGAGGCACUGACAACAAUCGACAAUUCUUCAGUUGUCAAAUUUUGUGUCACAGUUGAGGAUCAUCGCAUUUUGCAUAGCUACGGUGUUUACCGGAAUGGAGCAACGAAGAACAUAAAAAUUUCCUACCAAAAAAGUGGAAAAGAUUGCAUUUUUGGAAUGAAUGAGAAAAAAGAGUUGAUUGCGAACGGAGACUUUUUCAAUCUGUCAGAGAAACAUUUGAUGCCAUUCCUAACAUCCGUGAAUACCCUUUCAUGCUUGAGCAUCAUCGAUGGGACAAGCGGUGACUGCCUCUAUAGAGGAAUACUUGAGUUAAUUCUUAAAAAGAGAAGGAACUUACUCAAAGUUAACGAGUUCGUCGUUUCGAUCCCAUCAAAACAGUCUCAGGAUCAUGUGGUCUUGCUUGUUGCCAUGCUCAAUCGCGAUGCUCUUGAAGAAGUACACCUGAAGACACCAAGCAGCAUUGCGCAGUGGAAAAAUUCAAAAUUUUUGGAACGACUCUCUGCAUUGUCAAAUGCCUCCAUCAUCAUGGAAACAAACGAUAGACGUGACCUCGAAUUUUUGAAAGAGCACUGCGUUCGAUCUUCGUUUGGCAAGCUUGUACUUAAAGGCUCCUUCGAUGGAAAUCAGGCCUGUGAACUGUUGGGAUUCGGAGCUCCGGUGUAUGCCAAUCGGUCCAUCCAAACAUGGUUUUUCCCCAGCCAGGAUCAAAACGUUUACAUCAGCAUGGCGCAUGGUUUUUUGGAAAACAUCUCGACAUUCACAUUUUCUCGGGUUUCGUCAGCUCAGAUGCUGCAAGAGACCCAUCCAUCUUCAAUCCCAACCUUUGACCUGGUAAAAUUAACUGGACACCAACCAGUGAUUGAACACAUUUUGGAAAGUCUCCCGUUUAGCUCAGUACUGGCACUCCGAGACGUCUCAACGGGGCUACGAAUCUACCUUGAUGGUGACCGAUUGCAUUGCUGGUCAAUUAGAAUGGAUGUUCAUUUUGAUGAAAAUUCGGCUAUAGUUCACAUGUUCUGCAAUGGUGAAGAAAUUUCCAGGCCAUGCACCGACAUGGCCCUAUUGAAGGAAUGGCUGAACCGUCAAGAAUCUCUGCACAACUUCAGCAACCGAAAACCUAGCUUUGAAACGUUCCAUUGUGAUUUCGAGAGAUACACCUUGGAGAAAAUGCAAAAUCUUGGAAUUUUCCUGGGCUCGUUUAGGAACAAGAUUUCUAUGGCCCACUUGGAGCUGAAAGGGAGCAGUGAGCUGGAGUUUAUUCAGCUUCUGGAUUGCCUUGAUGCGAAGAAAUUGAGAAAACUUACGAUCUUCGCGACUGUUGGUGAUGUUAACAAUGGGAAUCAGGCCCUCGCGCUAAAUCAAAUAAGAGAUACCCCUCACUGGAACCAUGCCACUGAGUUGGUCGUUAAAGGAGCGAAUGCAUCUGUGUCCAUCCGAAAAUUGAUUCAUUUUUUGAAAGGGACAGCUUACGUGGAGACUAUUCCAGUUGGAGAUGUGCUCUUCUUGGCGCAGGAACUCCUUGCUUCUUCACUUUCAAGAAAUUUCAAGCUCUCCACUUCGAACAACUUCGACUUGCAAAGCCUAAUACAUUCGAUCGGGUGUCCUCCAAAAUCAGAGACCAUUGACGGGAUUGUACAAUACAAAUGGGUGUUGGAAGGCAAAGAAAAGAAACUCGAGAUAUCGGUAAAAGACGACGUGUUAACUUCCAUUCAAAUGUGCAUCUGAAUAAUUAAAUGUCCAAUUUUUGUUAUUUUUAUUUAUUUUUAAAUUGGUAAAUUGUUUAAUGUUGC